CUUGCACAGUGCACGCCUCACCUUGCAGAGCACUAAACCUCCACUACGGUUGCACUAAAUCUUGAUCCUCCCGCUUCGCUUCAACUUCUCUCUGCUAUCUACUCACCUCCUCCCUUGCUCCGCCGGUCUGCCCUGGGUGAUAGCGUACGUGUCUAGUCACCCGACACGAUAUGCCCUUCUCGCCGUCUUUCUCCUGCGCGCCGAACCGCCUUGGCUGAACGAGCCCUCUUCCGUCCCACGUCGAAACCCUGUGAUGCCCUCCCUGGCCCCGGUCUUCGACUGUAGAUAAACAAACAAACAUGGCUUCCUCUCCGGAACAAUCGCGCCCGGCCUCACCGACGCCGUCCCAGCUCCCGCCCGUGCCCGGCUCUCCCGUCUACUCCAUCGCAUCUACGGCGAAUCCUCUGUCCCAGUUCAAUUUGCCGCUCCCGCCACCGCCGCGGCCCGCCCACGCCGUCCUCUCCAAGGCCGACCUCGGGCUGUCCCAGCAGGCCUACUCCGAUCUCCUCUCCUCCGCAAAGGCCUACCGCCUCGCUCUCGCCAGCCUCUCAACUGCUGCAUCAACGUUCGGCUCUGCCCUCGAAGCAUGUGCGCGACUCAAGGAAGCCCGCGCCGAGCCUAUCGGUCCGUCCGGCGCGACCAACAUGACGGCCAGUUUUACGACUAAGGGCUCAUGCACCGCCGAUAUGCUCAUGUCUGCCUCGGGCGUUCACCACCUCGUCGCAAACCACCAGCAGAUCCUCUCCGAAACCGUUUACCGCUCCUUCGAAGUGCCCCUCCUACACGACCUCGAUAAGUGGCAGACUGUUAUCGACGAUGAGGAGGAAACGUACAAGCAGAAGGUCAGGGCGCAAAGCAAGGAGAUCAAGCGCCUCGAAAAGGAGGGAAUGAAGCUGCACAAGCAGCGGAGGCGAGACGUUGCACGCUUCCGGGCGCAUUUGGUCGAGCUGACCACGAAGCUGGACGGUCUGACAACGUUGCACGCAGACCAUGCUCGAACGCUGCUGAGGGAAAGCCAGGAGACGAGCGGGAGGAUUGUCGAUGCUAGUUGCAGCUUGGUCCGGGCGGAGGUGGACAUCUUCGAAAGCCUGGCGAGGAAGGGCUGGACCGGUGGCGGCCUGGACGAUCUGCUGGAGAAGGGCCAGGACCUGUUCGCGACUGAGGACGACAACACAAGCUAUGGCGGUGCUGGCGGCAGCGCUGAGACGGCUAAGCUCUUCUCCAUACUGCCCCCCAAGAGUAUCCUCCCCGACUCGGGGUCUGAAGUAUCCAGACCAGGCCACGCCAGGAGCGACAGCCUGCUUGUCGAUACGGAGCGAUACCAAUCUCUUGCGGCCCUGGCCACGGACUCAAAACCAAGCGGUGGAAGCGGCGGUGGCGGAGACAGCGACAGCGUCUUUUCGUCUGACUUCAACAAGCCUCGCAACGCGCGCCCCUUUUCACCGCAGCCUAUCCGCCGCAUCCCCACCGACGUCACCUUCGAUUCUCUUGGAGCUGGGUUCGGAGUGGUAGAUCCCGGCAGCACUAACGACGACAUUGACGAUCUUCCACGAGCCGAUUUGCUCCUGCCAGUGGCCGAGGCCGAUGAUGCAGACGAGGAAGACGCACUUCUCAAGAAUGGGAACGAGCACGAUGAACGAAACGAAGACGGGCACGAGGAGGAUCUACGAGGCCGGAUCUCGCCUGAACCGGAGAGGCAAGGGACAAAAUCACCAGAGUUCAUCACGGAUGAGAGCUCCCCCGAAGCUGCGUGGGGUGGGAGCGUCGAGGAUGCCAGACACUAGUUUGAUGUAUGGGGCGCGCGUUUGAGUUGUACUGGGUUAUAUCUGUCGGCGUUGAUGUGGACAUGUUGGAGGCAUCCUGAUCACGGUGCGGUACGGCGUGCACUGGUAAUAGAUUUGCAUA